GUUUUACUUGAACUACAGAUGUGACGUUUGCAUCCGGGACAUAAGCAAGUAGAAGAGUAGAAAUGGCCGCCAUCAGUUAUGGUAGAAGUGUUGGUGAUAAUUCGGGCCCUCAAAAUGUCACAGUAGAUCGUUUAAAAUAUCUUUAUCCUAUGGUUAACGAAGAUGAAACACCUCUCCCAAGGUCCUGGAGCCCAAAGGAUAAAUACAGUUACAUAGGACUUUCUCAAAAUAAUCUAAGAGUACAUUAUAAAGGUCAUGGCAAAACACACAAAGACGCGGCCAGUGUCAGAGCUACGCAUGCUAUUCCACCUGCCUGCGGUCUCUAUUACUUCGAGGUGAAGAUCGUUAGCAAAGGCAGAGAUGGAUAUAUGGGCAUUGGGCUCUCAGCUCAGGGGGUCAAUAUGAAUAGACUACCUGGGUGGGAUAAGCACUCGUACGGCUACCAUGGUGACGACGGGCACUCGUUCUGCUCGUCAGGUACGGGUCAGCCGUACGGGCCGACAUUCACCACAGGUGACGUCAUCGGCUGCGGCGUCAACCUCAUCGACAACACCUGCUUCUACACCAAGAACGGCCACAACCUCGGCAUCGCCUUCACUGAUCUACCCCCGAAUCUGUACCCGACAGUGGGCCUGCAGACGCCGGGCGAAGUGGUGGAUGCCAAUUUCGGACAAGCUCCUUUUGUGUUCAACAUAGAAGAGAUGAUGAAAGAGCUACAGAAUAGAACUCGACUAACAAUACACCAGUACCCCGUACCUGAGAGCCAAGGAGAAUGGCAAGCCAUCUUACAAAAAAUGGUCUCAACAUACUUAGUUCACCACGGUUAUUGUGCAACUGCCGAAGCAUUCGCACAUGGUACCGGCCAAGUUUUUGAUGAGGAAAUAACAUCAAUUAAAAAUAGACAGCGUAUUCUUAAGCUAGUUUUAGCGGGACGUAUGGGCGAGGCAAUCGAAACGACUAGCCGUUUGUACCCGGGUCUUUUGGAGAGAAACCACAACCUGCUGUUUCUGUUGAAGUGCCGACAGUUUGUCGAAAUGGUGAACGGGUCCGACUCUGAGGUGAACCCGCCCAGGUGUCAGGUGAGAGGGCUGGGAGGGGGUGGGGGGUUCUCGCCCCCCCGUCCGCACAGUCCCAAUCACACAGCUUCGGUCAUACAGUCGACCAAGGCUCUCAACGGCAACACCACUAACAACACCAAUAGUACAAGAAAUAAUAAGUCUAGUGAUAACGUCGAAGAAAUGAAUCUUAGUAAUUCUAAUAAUAUGAGCGUCAAUGGAUCUAACGAAUACGAUCAGAUACCUCGUAAAAUAAAAACCGACUCGGAAAGCUCAGGUGAUAUAGAAAUGGAAUCACAGAACUCUGAGGAUAAAACUUCACAAACAAACGGCUAUCAUAACGGCAUAGCGCAUGAAGAAAUUGAAGAUAUGGACGUUGACCCUCCAGCCGGCAAGAAGCAGCUCUGUGGAGGAAGUAAAGUGGCCGUUGAACGGAUGCUUGAAUUUGGCCGAGAGCUCUACAACAUGAGUGUCGUUUUGAGACAAGAACAGGGCAAAGAUGAAAACAACAAAAAAAUGUUACAAGAUGCCUUCAGUUUAUUGGCUUACUCGAAUCCGUGGAGGAGUCCCGUUGGUUGGCAGUUGGAUCCUGUACAAAGAGAGACAGUGUGUGCCGCUCUCAAUUCAGCUAUUCUAGAAUCGAGUAAUCUUCCGCGGCGACCACCGCUGGAGGUGACAAUGGCGCAUGCGCGGGAACUCGUCAAGCUGAUGUCUCGCUCGGGUCUCGGCUCGUGUGCUUUCGCCUCGGUCGACGGCCUCCUACAUCAUUGAAACAAUAACUGGUCUGGGUUUACUGUUGCUGCUGCUGGAAAUGUUAGAGACUUGCCAAUCGUCUUAACCAGUGCCUCUCAUAUUAUACAAAGAAUUUGACCAAAACCGAAUCAUUGUUUUGGAGAAACGUGCAAGAGAAUGACAAGAACCAUUUUUCUGUUUUGAUUUUUGUGAUCCAGAGAAUUACCAUGUCUUAUCUAAAAUUUAUCAAUACAGUAAUAAUUAUUAUCGUGGGAGUAUCUUAUAAGAGCUCUUGGUUCAUAUGAAAGAUUAGAUUCUAAAUAACCGUUGAAAUUUGCUAUUAUAUAUCAUUGAAAUUAAAGUAUAGUGUUGGAGUGAGGAAAUAGUUGGAGCCUCAUGUUUGUCAAAUAUAUAACUGUGAAAGUGUAUGUUAAUGAGAUUAAGCAUUUAAGAAUAUAAAAUAAAUGUAUAACUGUUGAGAACGUAUCGAGAAAAUAAUAUUCGAAUAUGUAUUACCGUGUGAACGAAUAUUGACUCCAAUAAAAUUGGAUUUAACAGCGCGCUAGUAAAUUAUUUGAGAAAUUGAUUGUCGGCCGGAUUCUGAUGGUUAGAUGUUUCCAUUGUUGGCUUUUUGUGGUGAUUGUGGUAGAACUGUAUUGCAGUUUAAAUAUGACAAAGCACAUGAUGAUGCUCAUUCAGGAGUGCGGAAUUUUCAAGUUGACGAUUUGCUCACAUUCUUUUCAGAUGCAUGCAGAAUAUUUAUGAAUUGAAUUUGAGAAUUGAGACAAUUUUGUAGUUUAUUAAAAUUUUGAACUGUAUUAUUAGAAUGUUGUCUUCUAGUAUGCAGCUGUAUCAUUUUCAGUCGGGAUGAACACAAAUGUAUAUUUAAUUUGUUUGUGAUUGUGAUAGCGUACGGAAAUGAUGUUAACAUUGAUUAAUCGAAUCCACUUUAGAUUUCAUCUAAAAAUGUAGGUUUGAAACUGUAACUUAACCAUAAAUAAUUAAUCUAAUGAUGUGCACGGUUUGUGUGAGACGGUAGAGUGAUUUCCAUUGUCUUUUUGAAGCAUGUAGAUUUAAAAUAUUUAAAAAUUGAUCUAAAUCUCUUUGAAAGACGGUUACUUUUGAAAAAAUCAAACAGUCCAUUUGAAUUUAUCGGAUAAUUACAUUUAUUAAUGAUUCUUAGAUGUUAUUGUAAAUAAGUAAAUAGUUUGCUCUUGUCCUUAUUUCUAAGUAUAGUACGAUAAUGUUUAUUAAGCGGACAGUGUUAUAUUUGACAAACAGAUUCUUUAUUUUGCUUAAAACAAAAAAGGGUUGAAUUGUUUCAUUUCAAUAAAUAUUCAAAAAUAUUAAUUUUUUAAUUUAGUAGAAUAAUUUAAUUUUGGAAAUAAAUGAAAUUUUAUUUA